CCUGUCCCUGGAUCUCAGGUUAAAAUUCCUUAUUCUAGUCUGAACCGUGGGAAGAAAGGAUAGUGGGUGAGGCUUUGGCAAACCGAAGUUCCGGAUUUUGUUUAGUAAUUGGGCAUUCCUGAACAUACUGGAUUUACCAGAUCUGUAGCAUUCCUACUUGACGGACACGAUGCUUUCCAAACUAGCACGUUUGCAGACUGUCGCUCUGCUUCGCCGGGGAGUUCAUUCUUCAGUGGCUUCUGCUGUAUCCGUUGCAACUAAAAAAACAGUCCAAGGCCCUGUAUCCUCUGAUUACAUUUUUGAACGGGAAUCUAAAUAUGGUGCACACAACUACCACCCUUUACCUGUAGCCCUGGAGAAAGGAAAAGGUAUUUACGUAUGGGACAUAGAAGGCAGAAAAUAUUUUGACUUCCUGAGUGCUUACAGUGCUGUCAACCAAGGACAUUGCCACCCAAAGAUUGUGGAUGCUCUGAAAAGUCAGGCAGACAAAUUGACCUUGACCUCUAGGGCUUUCUACAAUAACGUACUUGGUGAAUACGAAGAGUACGUUACCAAGCUUUUCAACUACCACAAGGUUCUCCCUAUGAAUACAGGAGUGGAGGCUGGAGAGACAGCCUGCAAACUUGCUCGUAAAUGGGGCUAUACGGUCAAGGGUAUUCAGAAAUACAAAGCAAAGAUCAUUUUUGCAGCUGGAAACUUUUGGGGUAGAACAUUGUCUGCUGUCUCCAGUUCCACAGACCCAACCAGUUAUGAUGGUUUUGGACCGUUUAUGCCAGGUUUCGAAAUCAUUCCCUAUAAUGACCUCCCUGCUCUUGAGCGUGCUCUUCAGGAUCCGACCGUGGCUGCGUUUAUGGUAGAACCCAUUCAGGGUGAAGCAGGCGUUAUUGUGCCAGAGCCGGGUUACCUGACGGGCGUCCGAGAACUCUGCACCCGGCACCAGGUUCUGUUUAUUGCUGAUGAAAUACAGACGGGAUUGGCCAGAACUGGCCGAUGGCUGGCUGUCGAUCAUGAAAAUGUGAGACCGGACAUAAUCCUCCUUGGCAAGGCCCUUUCUGGGGGCUUAUACCCUGUGUCGGCGGUGCUGUGUGACGACGAGGUGAUGCUCACCAUCAAGCCCGGGGAACACGGCUCGACGUAUGGCGGCAAUCCGCUCGGCUGCCGAGUGGCCAUCACAGCCCUCGAGGUCCUGGAAGAAGAAAACUUGGCUGAAAACGCAGACAAAAUGGGUUCUCUCUUGAGACAUGAACUCAUGAAGCUACCUUCUGAUGUCGUAUCUGCUGUCAGAGGAAAAGGAUUAUUGAAUGCUAUCGUUAUUAGAGAAACUAAAGAUUAUGAUGCCUGGAAGGUGUGUCUCCGACUUCGAGAUAAUGGACUUCUGGCCAAGCCGACCCACGGCGAUAUCAUCAGGCUUGCACCUCCGCUUGUGAUCAAGGAGGACGAGGUCCGCGAGUCCGUCGAGAUCAUUCACAAGACCAUCUUGUCUUUCUGAGAGUGGUCAGUGUUGUCAAGACACCUGCGAGCCGGCUGGAGACAGGUGGUUCCUGGGUGUCCCCAAGACUCUGCUCUCCACGCCAGCACAUUCCACUCCCACUUUGCUCCAAGGACUUUUUUUUUAUUUUAGUUCAUAUAUAGAAGGAAAUCUAUUUACCCGCAGUUUGCUGUGUAAUAUAACUAAGACAACGUAGUGGCAUCUGCAUUUUCUUAAGUGUUUUCCUUUUGUGUGUGCUUUCUAAAGUGAAAUGUAUCUAUCAGACAGCCUUUUAAUCAAGCCCUUGAAGUAUCAUUUAUAUACUUUUUUUUAAAUAAAUUGUUUGCUUGUAUAAGUGUUUUAUAUUUGAAAAAGUUACCCCUGAGGUAAUAUAUAGAAGAUUUGCUUAACUUUAUAUGUGGUUGAAUCAUUCAAAUCAUUGAAUUUUAGGAAGUUUUAAUGGUUAAGAUGUAUAAGAUAAUAGGUUUAAGUAAGUUUAGCCCUUUCAAGACCCUGUUAUUUUCUGCCUUGAAUUUUUUGUUGACGCCAUGUGUUUCCAGUAGUGGAAUGCAUGCUGAGUCAUUGAGUGUGUUUAAAUUUUUGGUUGUUAAUAGAGAUUUUGAGAAAUAGCAUAUGAAAAUACAUGAUUUGUGGGAGCCCGUCUGGCCCACUGGUCUUGGAUAACAGGCUUUAUUGCGGGGCACCUUCCAUUUGGGUACAUGGAUCACCUCUGGUUUUACCUAAUACGCCAGCUAUUUUGCUUCAAUGAACAUUUCUUUUGCCUUCAGUGUUACACACGUCCCCACUGGAAGGGAGCAAGUACUUUCAGUGGGAAAAGUAUACUCCUAGAGAACUCCAGAGGCAUAAAAAGUGGGUAAGAUACCGUAUGUUCCCCGAGUCACAAAAGGGUUAACUUCAUAUUGGCCAAUCCUGGGAUGUAUUCUGUGGAUGUCAUUAUUUUGAAUGAAGAAAUACUGUUUAACAUUCCAUUAUUAUGUUUUAAGUGUUUGAUUAUAAUUUGUAAAAAAAAAAAGAAAUGCUUAUUUCCAAAGUUGCUUUAAAUUUAAAA